AUGUUGUCAAAUAACACCUAGGCCUAGAGUUAUUUUCUCUUCAGUUUGUUUACAAAUGAUAAAUAUUAUUCGACCUGACAGUAAGCUAUAGUGAAUGGGUUUGCUUAAUCUUUUCACGGACUUUAUUUAUACGAGAAAUGUGCAUCGGAAAUACAACCAGUAACUGUCGAUGCCCAUUCAUGAUUAAAGCGACCAAUGGACACUUGUGAAACCCCCUCCCCCUGCCUAGGCCAGCUUCAAGUGAUCAGUCAUAAUCACGUGCUGUACAACAGCGGUGAACCCAUUGUGUUUAAUGUGUUUUAAAUGCAUCAAAUCCAUCCGAUGUCACCCAGAUGAUUACAAUGGAUAUUUGUAGACAAACACGGAGUUAUUGAUGGUGUGUGUUGCAAGCUCCAGUUGAAAACUGUUGAACCUGACUUGUGGAUGUAUAAAUUUCGCUUGAGUGGCUGGUUAAAUAGUUAUUGUGUAUGAAGAAAUUGUAUUAUUUCAUUUAGAUUUCUGUGGGGUACUUGGUCUGAUGGCAGUGAUGAUGACCUAGACAACACACUACAGUUGUAAUAAACAUGUACCAUUUGUCUGUAGAGAUUUUUGUGGGGUACUUGGUCUGAUGGCAGUGAUGAUCACCUAGACAACACACUACAGUAGUACAGAGAACUGGUGUCGGCCAUGCCGGGCCUGUCCCCGUGGAUGUUUGGCUCGUCCGUGGACCACUGGAGGGACUGGAACCCCUUUGAGAAUGUGGCCAACAAAUCUCACCCCAACAAUAACUGUUCUGUUCAGUGGCCAUGGCUGAUCCUCCGAGACUGUGUCCAUGACAACCAGGGUGUGGCCUCCGACAUCCUUGGCCUUGUGUCCCUUGUGUCCUGGAUGAUCGUCAGUAUUCCACAAAUGGUGAUGAAUUGUCGGAAUAUCCGUGGAGUGGAGGGUAUAUCUUUCUUGCUUAUUCUACAGUGGACCCUGGGAGAUGCCACUAAUCUCAUUGGUUCUAUCCUGACCAAUCAGCUGCCAUUACAGAUUUACUUGGCUAUUUAUUUUGUGUUUGCUGACAUCGUGUUGUUUUGUCAAUUCCUGUAUUACCACAUAUGGAAGUGGAACCGCUCUAAAUUGGACAAGGAAGCCCAGCCUAGCGGCCCCGCCCGGAUAGUGCUGUGUUUUACCGGUGCUUUCCUCUCCGUCAGCUCUGUAGGAACCCUGAUGUCCAGGUUUAGUGGGGUACCAGACAUCCCCAGGGGUACUGUACAUAUACCAAGGCCUGGCAGUAGACAACUCUUGUCAGCCAAUCUUACACAUGUCCAGUUCUUCAAAAACAUAAGAGACGAGUCUGGCUAUGCCAUUGGAAUAGUAUCAAGUAUAUUCUACAUUGGGUCUCGCCUUUCACAGCUGUACAAAAAUUACAAGAGGAAGUCGACCGAGGGUCUGUCAGUAAUGAUGUUUAUUCUGGCUGUACUGGGGAACAUCACGUAUGGUUUGUCCAUCCUGGUGCGGUCACUGGACGGAGAGUUUGUCCUGCACCACCUUCCCUGGCUAAUCGGCAGUCUGGGAGUUAUCUUCCUUGAUUUGUCGCUGCUGUGUCAGUUCAAGUACUAUGGUGUGAGGGACUUUGAUACUCUCGCAAAUCAGCCACUGUUGAACAGUGAGGUGAUGAACCAGGCCUCCCCCCUGGACUACACUGAGGCGAGGGUAGAACCAAAUGGGCUCAUCAACUGAGUGGACUGGCAGUUCUGCUUUGACAAGUCGGGGCCUCAGCUGAGAACCAGAGGAGCCAACUAUCCAAUGGAAACCAAUGUAAUAUCAGCGGUGAAACAGUGGCACAUCGGCUACACUGGGCUUCUAAGGCGUUAUUUAGGCUAAUAAAAAAGUGUGUGUCCUGUACAAUGCUACAUGUAUAACUAUAAGGUUUUUGGUUAACCCUUUCAACCCUAUGUAACUUUAAUAAACUCUGCCAUGCAUUGAUCUUGAUAAGUCCAUUAUGGUCUACAGUGGUGAAAGGGUUAAGGCAUGGAUUAAUAAUAUAGUGGAUGUAAUGGGAGGAAAAAAUUUUGAUUCAAACUCUAUAAUACCUCAAUGGAUGGAAAGCUAAUGACAAAUUAACAGUUGAUCAUGUGUUAACAACAUUGAAACCUGUAUUGGACCAACAUUACUGUAAUUAGAAUUUUUUUCUGCUUGGCAUGAUUCUGUAGGGUUAGCUGUGUUACAGGAAACACACCUAUUCUUGUAUUCGGCCUUAUUGAGAACCCAUAGACUCAAAAGAAAAAAAAGAUGAAUCCUAAUGACCUGAUUAACUUACAACCCAGGUAGAAUACUGGACACUAACAAGUCUUUCAUUAAAUAACACAGGAGAUGGGGAUACGAGGGGGAACUCACAGACACAAGGCGGAACUCACAGAUACAAGGGGGAACUCACAGACACAAGGGAGAACUCACAGACACAAGGGAGAACUCACAGACACAAGGGGUAACUCACAGACACAAGAAGGAACUCACAGACACAAGAGGGAACUCACAGACACAAGGGAGAACUCACAGACACAAGGGGGAACUCACAGACACAGGGAGGAACUCACAGAUACAAGGGGGAACUCACAGACACAAGGGGGAACUCACAGAUACAAGGGGGAACUCACAGACACAAGGGUGAACUCACAGACACAAGGAGGAACUCACAGACACAAGGGGAAACUCACAGACACAAGGGGGAACUCACAGACACAAGGGGGAAUUCACAGACACAAGGGGGAACUCACAGACACAAGGGGGAGCUCACAGACACAAGGCGGAACUCACAGACACAAGGGAGAACUCACAGACACAAGGGGGAACUCACAGAUACAAGUGGGACCUCACAGAUACAAGGGGGAACUCACAGACACAAGGGGGAACUCACAGACACAAGGGAUAACUCACAGACACAAGUGGGACCUCACAGAUACAAGGGGGAACUCACAGAUACAAGGAGGAACUCACAGACACAAGGGGGAACUCACAGACACAAGGGAGAACUCACAGACACAAGGGAGAACUCACAGACACAAGGGAGAACUCACAGACACAAGGGGGAACUCACAGAUGCAAGGGGGAACUCACAGAUACAAGGGGGAACUCACAGACACAAGGGGGAACUCACAGAUGCAAGGGGGAACUCACAGAUACGAGGGGGAACUCACAGACACAAGGGGGAACUCACAGACACAAGGGAGAACUCACAGACAAGGGGGAACUCACAGACACAAGGGGGACCUCACAGACACAAGGGAGAACUCACAGACACAAGGGGUAACUCACAGACACAAGGGGGAA